AUGCCAGGCAAAGUAUUCCCGUGGAUGAAACAGGGUCGUCGCGAGCACACCCGCAAUAACCCCAAUGCUCGCGAUACCCUCCCAAAAUCUCGUCCUCCCAAAUCCCGCCCUCCUCGUAGUACCCGGGAUAUCCUCUUACACAGUCUUCCUCAGUACUCUGGUCCCUACGGUGUAGGGAUAAUGGAAUUGGAACUACCGGUCUCCUCUCCACGUUCCUUCGGCCCGGUCAAACGCAAUGGCCGACACGCAUUAACUCUCGAAACCAUCCUGUUUAACAUCUAUUAUCCAGCUGCAUUAGGGACGGGGCGUGGGAAGGAUCCUUCAGGCGAACACCACACGUGGUCGAGAGCAACAUGGUUACCACGUCCCCGGAGCUUAACAGCCAAGGGUUACGCAAAGUUCAGCAAUCUUCCCGCUCCCGCCAUGCUAGCUUUCUUUGGAGCAACCUCGUGGUUUACGAAAAUCCCGGCAUAUCGGAACGCUGAAUUGGCGGCUCACUGGCCGCCACCACAUUCGGCCCGGAAAGGUGGCGAGAAGGUGAAAAAUACGGCUGGGACGGCACCAGAGGAUCUACCCGAGGGUGCAAAACCCAAAUUCCCACUCAUAAUUUUCUCCCAUGGAUUGGGUGGCAGUCGUUCGGUUUACUCUUCUGUCUGUGGAGAAUUUGCCAGCUAUGGUUUUGUCGUAAUCGCGCCAGAGCAUCGUGAUGGCAGCGGCGCUCGUAGUGUGGUAAAUUACGGGCCCGAGACAAGUUUCCUCUGGGAAGAAGUUCUACCAACGAUUCGAAAACGGGCUCCAACAUCCCCCACAAAUCCGAAUUUUUGGUCGGCUGAUGGGGAAAGGGCGAAACGACUUGGUCGUAAACCAGCACGUGCGGCAACCGAAGCAAUUCAUAAUAGUUUGAACAGUGAUCCGGUAGAAGAAUCGUCCCCUAGACGUAAAUACAUCCAUCGCAAGAAGCGUGCUCUUACCGUGACAGCAUCAAAAAAGCGAAAAUACCGAACGGUGGAUUAUCUCUGGCCCAAGGAUAAUCCAUAUGAUACCAACCCGACGAACAAGAUAGAUACCGAUCUCCGCACAGCACAAAUCAACAUGCGAAAGGCCGAGCUCGCCGAAAUAUACAAAGCUAUUCAGGUUCUCAAUUCCGGCGACGGAGAGAUUCUUUCACAAAUGAAUCUAUUAAAGAAGGGAGCAGCCGGCGCUUCCAGCCGAGGCCUUGAUGGGGUUAACUGGGAGAAAUGGCAAGAUCGCAUACGUAUUGAUAAUGUUACGGUCGCAGGGCAUUCAUUCGGUGCCGCAUCAACAAUAGAAGUCUUACGGAAUCCAGAGCAGAUAUUUGGCGAAGUCCCAGAUUCCCUACAAGGCAUCAUCUAUGACCCCUGGGGCGCAGCAAUCCAACAGCCUGAAUCGCAGGCUGCUAAAAUCCGAACCCCUUUGCUAGGGAUCAAUAGCGAGGCGUUUAUGCACUGGGCCGAUAACUUCGAAAUGGUAAUGAAGGUCUUCGAGGAAGCUACGAAGAAUAAUGAAAAUUGCUGGAUGAUGACGGUGAAAGGUACAGUCCAUAUUUCGCAAAGCGAUUUCACUGUGGUAUAUCCUCGACUUUGUGCCCUCCUUUUAAAGGCAAGCGCGGAUCCCGAGCGAGCGAUCGAUAUCAACAUUAAUGCAAGCCUGGAGUUUUUGAAACGGAUAAUGCCAGCAAAUAUCGCUAAGUGGAAUCGGGUAGAUGAAGAAGGAUUGUUGGAUGUCAGAAUCAUGAGUUGGGAGGACGAAGAUAGAUUUGAGAGACGUCCGACGGAGAGUGGGAUUGCCAAAACUCUCAAAACACAGAAGGGCUUACGGAGCCGAAUCCAACCGCAACUACCAACGAUUUUGAGGCGCAGAUGGAAUCGUAGGCAAAAAGGCGGUAUGGAAGAAGAGAUCUGGAUGCAUCUGAAACCUGGAGAGGCCCACAGCCUCGAAAAUGGCGAGCCAUUAGAAAUUUUAAAAUGGGCUAAAGCUGAAUAG